GCGAUUGUGUUAGGUGAAUUCUAAGUUUUGUAAAUGCGUAUUUAAAUAAUUUUUUACAUAAAAAUCCAAAUGCAGCGAUUGUGUGAUCUAUCGUUUUGUGUUUAAAAAAAACAAAACAAGAAAAAAUUAAUUCUUUAGUAUUUUGCAUUCAUUCCAGUGAGAGAAGUCAUAGAGGACACAACGAUGUCUUUAGGAAAAAAAUACGACUUAAACAAUGAUAACGAUGUUCAGAAAGUGUUAGAAUUGUUACAAAAUUCGGAUGAUGAUUUUAGCGAUGAUGAAAAUGACGAAAAUGAAGUUUUUAUCCAAAAAAAUACAGUGGUUGAAUUAAUUCAAGAAAUGGAAAGUGACGAAGAGGAAAUUACAGGUAUUAACUAGUUAUUACAUUAACGCUGGAAGUAUAAUUAGGUUUUAAAUGCGCUCACCAUAUAUUUUUUAAUGACAAUGGAAUUAAUAUUACUUUUCAGAGAUAUCGGUUGAGCAACCUUCCCAACCAUCGCAAAGAAGUAAUUUAUGGAAAGAAACAUAUUUCGGAAAUUUAAGCAAAAUUUUGUACUACACCUGUGAUAAUUUUUGCGAGUUAGGAAGUCCAAUGACAUAUUUUAAAAAGUACUUCCCAGAAGAACAUUAUCAAACCGUAGUUUUUUUUACCAAAAUGUACACUUUAAAACAUUAUGGUGUUGAGUCUGAUACAACAGUAGAAGAUAUAAAAAAGUUUUACGGCUGUAAUAUAAUUAUGGGGUGCUUAGGAUAUCCCAGAGUUCGAAUGUAUUGGGCUGACGGAUUCAGAAAUGAAUUAAUUGCAACUAGCUUAUCGAGAAAUAAAUUUUUCACUUUGAGAAAUAUCAUACACUUUGUGGACACAGAUAAGCCUAACGAAAAAAAUAAAUUAUGGCGUAUACAACCUGUAAUAGAUAUAGUAAAAAAACGCUGUAAUGAGCUUGCGACUGUUGUAGAAGCAUACUCCAUUGACGAACAAAUGAUUCCUUUCACUGGAAGAUGUCCCGCUCGUCAGGUCAUUAGAUCGAAACCUCGCCCAGUUGGAUUAAAAAACUUUGUUUGUGCUACCGCUGAUGGAUUAGUGGUAGAUUUUGAAAUCUUUCAGGGUGCAGGAACCUUUCCAGAUUGCGGACUAGGUCACGGGCCAUCUGUUGUUAUAUUUUUAACCAAAUGUUUGCCAAAAGGUAGCCAUUUAUACUUCGAUAGAUUUUUCACCACAAUACCGUUGUUAGAAAGGUUGAACGAAAUAGGCUUUAAAUCAACUGGAACAAUUAUGGCUAAUCGUUUGGAAAAGCGACUUCAUUUACCCUUGGAUAGAGAUAUGAACAGAGGGGACAUAUCACAGUUUGUGAAAAAUGACGAAGUUUCAGUUGUAAAGUGGUGUGAUACCAAAUGUGUUACAAUUGCGUCCACCAUAUGUGGAAAAGACCCUGUCGGAGAAAUUGAUCGGUGGAAUAGGAAUUUAAAACGCCGUGUACCAGUGCCCAUUCCAGCAGUAAUUUUAGAUUACAAUGAAAACAUGAACGGUGUUGAUAUAUGCGACCAGAUGAUGGAAUAUUAUCGCAUUAAAAUAAAAACUAAAAAGUGGCCAGUGAAAGUAUUUUUUCACUUAUUAGAUUUAGCCAUUCUCAAUUCAUGGACGGAAUAUAGGAAAGAUGCACGCCGUCUUAAAAUUCCUAAAAAACAAGUUAAAGAUUUUUUGCAAUUUAAAAUUGAAAUUGGUGAGGUAAUGUGCAAAAGUAUUAAAAUUUUAGAAGCGCCGGAAGCAUCCUGCAGUAAAAUACCAGCAGAAUAUUAUGGUUCAAAAUACCGUCCACGUAAUGCUCCUGAAGACAUCAGGUUUGAUCGUUUUGACCAUUGGCCUCAAUUCAUUGACGGUACAGCCAAAAGAUGCCGCAACACUGGAUGUUCUAGUCGUUCGAGAGCCAUAUGCACAAAAUGCAACGUAUCCUUGUGCCUUACAAAAGACAAAGAUUGCUUUGAAAAGUACCAUUCAAAAUAG